CAACCCAGAAAGGCCCCAGGGAGGCUGCAGCCUAGCCUGGCGCCUCGCACAACUGGCUCAGCAGCGCCCGGCGCACACCUUUCUCAUUCACGGAGCGCGGCGCUUUAGCUACGCGGAGGCGGAGCGCGAGAGUAACCGGACUGCGCGCGCCUUUUUGCGCGCGCGAGGUUGGGACUGGGGACCCGGUGGCAACGACCUCAGCAGAGACACACAGAGCAUCGGGGAAAGCGAGCAGGCGACGAAGAGCACGGGAGACUCGGUGGCUGGAAGCGGCACGGCACUUGCGGAGUGUGGCGCGGACGUAAUGGCCAGAAGUGAAGGAGCCGCGGCCCCUCUGACACCUGGGGCGACCGUGGCGCUGCUCCCGCCCGCCAGCCCCGAGUUCCUGUGGCUCUGGUUCGGGCUGGCCAAGGCAGGCCUGCGCACGGCCUUUGUGCCCACCGCCCUGCGCCGGGGCCCCUUGCUACACUGCCUGCGCAGCUGCGGCGCGCGCGCACUGGUGCUGGCUCCAGACUUCCUGGAGUCCCUGCAGCCUGACCUGCCGGCCCUGAGAGCUAUGGGGCUCCACCUAUGGACUGCAGGCCCCGGAACCCAGCCUGCUGGAGUCAGCGAUGUCCUGGCUGAGGCCUCGGCUGAAGUGGAUGAGCCAGUGCCGGCGUACCUCUCUGCUCCCCAGAGCAUGAUGGACACAUGCUUGUACAUCUUCACCUCUGGCACCACGGGCCUCCCCAAGGCUGCUCGGAUCAGUCACCUGAAGGUCCUGCAGUGCCAGGGGUUCUAUCAGCUGUGCGGCGUCCGGCAGGAGGAUGUGAUCUACCUCGCCCUCCCGCUCUACCACAUGUCCGGCUCCCUGCUGGGCAUCGUGGGCUGCUUGGGCAUCGGGGCCACAGUCGUGCUGAAGUCCAAGUUCUCAGCUGGACAGUUCUGGGAGGACUGCCAGCAGCACGGAGUGACAGUGUUCCAGUACAUUGGGGAGCUGUGCCGGUACCUUGUCAACCAGCCCCCGGGCAAGGCAGAACGUGGCCACAAAGUCCGGCUGGCAGUGGGCAGUGGGCUCCGCCCAGACACCUGGGAACGUUUCGUGCAGCGCUUUGGGCCCCUGCGGGUGCUGGAGACGUAUGGACUGACAGAGGGCAACGUGGCCACCUUCAACUACACAGGCCAGCGGGGUGCUGUGGGGCGCGCCUCCUGGCUUUACAAGCACGUCUUCCCCUUCUCUUUGAUCCGCUAUGAUGUCACCACAGGGGAGCCGAUUCGUGACGCCCAGGGGCGCUGCCUGGCCACCUCUCCAGGUGAGCCAGGGCUGCUGGUGGCCCCAGUGGGCCCGCAGUCCCCAUUCCUGGGCUAUGCUGGGGGUCCGGAGCUGGCCCAGGGGAAGCUGCUGAAGGACGUCUUCCAGCCGGGGGAUGUUUUCUUCAACACCGGAGACCUGCUGGUCUGCGACGACCAAGGCUUUCUUCGCUUCCACGACCGUACUGGAGACACCUUCAGGUGGAAGGGGGAGAACGUGGCCACAACCGAGGUGGCAGAGGUCUUAGAAGCCCUGGAUUUUCUGCAGGAAGUGAACGUCUAUGGCGUCAGUGUGCCAGGGCAUGAAGGCAGGGCCGGGAUGGCAGCUCUGGUUCUGCGUCCCCCUUACUCUCUGGACCUGGGGCAGCUCUACGCCCACGUGUCUGAGAACUUGCCACCUUAUGCCUGGCCUCGGUUCCUAAGGCUCCAGAAGUCUCUGGCCACCACAGAGACCUUCAAACAGCAGAAAGUUCGGAUGGCGAAUGAGGGCUUUGACCCAAGAACGUUGUCCGACCCCCUCUACAUUCUGGACCAGGCCACAGGUGCCUACCUGUCACUCACGCCUGCUCGGUACCAGGCCCUCCUGGCCGGGGACCUUCGCAUCUGAGACCUUCGGUACCCGAGGCACCUGAGGGGCUGCAGGGGCUGGGGGCGUGGGGCUGUUGCAGAUACACAGGGGCUGUCAGGGAUCUUUUAUACACCGGAUGUGUAGUUACGGUUUUGUAAUAAAUGGGACUGGAGCCGAUCUGGCCACCUUUCAGA